AGAUAAUUGGAUUUUACCGUGCUACUUUGGCCUCGUCGCCGUACGAUUUGGCCGUACGUCUUGGCGGCCCGUUGCAGUCGGUUCUUAUCGCUGGUGGAAAUUGUACAGCUCUCCGAUUGCGUGCGCCAGUGAUAGUGCGUUGGAGAAUGUUUUGAUUUGGCGCAUCUGGUUCUGGAUGGUAAUGACGUGGUACUACCGCAGCGGGCUCCGACAUCAUCGACUUGGACGAAUGAAAGCAGUUCCAUAUGAAUACACUAACACAAGACCUGUCAGCAGAAGAUUACAGCAGCAGCAACUUUCAGCAAGCGUCGUCCGGUUCUGUGGCAACAAGUUCAACCCAAACCAUCCGCCACCCGUCGACGCGACGUCAGCAGUUAAAUACCGUUCCGUCGCGCAAAGUUCAACAAGCACGCACUGCUGGCGGCCAGUUGACGGUGCGGGUGCCACAAAGAAGGGGUCCAGUGCACGGCGAUGACACCGCGGAUUGCUCCUCCGACGCGUCGCUCGGGAUAACGGGACCUCCGGUGUCCGAAAGCGAGACCUCAAGUAAGGUGGAAGAUGAUAACGUGGCAGCCGGGAUCGAGGACGAAAGCGCAAGUGAUAACAGUCAGUUGAGUGGUGGUAGUGCUUUGAACGAAAAAACUCGCCGGUAUAACCGCAUUAGCAUGAUAAUCGUUUACGGUCGGGAGGCGCUAUGCAUACUGGCCCUCAUACUGACCACAUACGCAACGAUACAGAACAGUCCUCCGAAGAUAUCGAAGGCACCGCCAGCGGUUCCCUUUUUCCCCAAAGGAUCGCUCGUGCACGAUUGGCCCACCGGUGCCCUUGGGACAACGCAGACACGGGUGUCCGUAUCGGAGCUUUCGUUCGUGCUGUACUACGCACCGUGGUGCGCGGAAAGUCAAUAUGCUCGUCAAGCGUAUGAACAGGUGGCACAGUUGUUCUACCGGGAAGCACAUUUCGCAGCGAUCAACUGCUGGCAGCCGGGUGGGGAAUGUCGACAGCGGUACUCGAAGGUUCAAGCGUGGCCAGUUCUCAUGGCCUACCAAUCGAAUGGGCUGGCGGUGCAAUACCAUCAGGCAUGGACUGCUACCGCCUUCUCGCGGUUCGUGCAAUCGCUAAUGCUUCCACUACAUCGUUUUUCUAAUCCAAGUGAUCUACUCGAUCACAUGACCGGGAAGGAUGCCGUUAUUGUCGCCUUCUUAGAGAUGGCCAACGAAAGCAAACUUUACCAGCGAUACUAUCAAGCGUCGUUAAAAUGGCUGGAAAAGGACCCCUUCCAGGAGCUCUCAUUUGGCGUCGUUACGGGACAGUCUUCCAAAAUGUUUGGCAUCGAAACAGUACCGUCCAUUCGGUUAUACCUUUGGAACGAAACUAUAGAGUACGUUGGGAACAGUUCCUGGACACCGCAAGAAUUAAUCGCGUGGAUUAACAAGCAUCUGCACGUGGCAUCAAUGUGGCUCGCUCCACCGGGCGCCACAAAGUCCACCACGAUCGCGCCCUACCUUCAGCAGGGUCCGGUGUUGAUGCUCUUUUCUCCUCGGCCUCUGUACGACGACAGUUCUGAUGCGUACAUGAUGCUACGGCAACUUAGCAUGCAGUACUACAACUGUCCCGGCGAUGCUUGGAUACUAGAGAUGGCCCGCGAGUACAUUGCCGAGCAGCGCACGCUGAACGCGGAACGGUUCGUUCAAAGGCGGGAGCAGUGUGCAAGGAUUUUAGGGCGGCAUCCUUCGCAAGAGGACGAGGAGGACGAUGCAGAUGAGUCCGGUGUGCGAAAGUACCGUCGCAAUAGGUGCAAAGAUGGAUUUAAAUCGACGGUUUCGGUGUCGUUUGUAAAUGUACUCAACUCGUCGAAAUUUGUCGACGGUAAACCCGUCGGGAAGGCUGUCGCGGAUGAAUACUGUGACAUUGCACCCGCGUUGGGCUGUGGAGCUCAUGAGUGUGGCGCCUUAGGUCCCGAACGGCGUCUCAGCUUGCGGUGGAACAGUGGAGAGGAUGGAUGCCCGUCUCGAGGCGGCAAGCCCGUGAACUCACAAUCACGUACGGUGACAUCGAAGUGGGAUUCGGAACAUGACUAUCGCGGCCCCAAGCUGCUUGCCAAGCAAAAUCUACGCCGUCAGUGUGAACUUCUCCGCUUGGCGGAAACCGAUGGAGCUAAUGUGUACUAUUCGGAACCGGUGCCGAGUAAAAAUCAAUCAGCCGAGUUCUACACAGCGAUAAUGGGAUUAUCCUGCUCACAGAAUAAAUCACUCACCUUUCUCAGCAUGGACAGCAAUUUGUACCACGCGUUUGGCGAACGGUUGGGCGUAAAUGUACUGAACGAACCAAACCGUACCGUGGCCUUCAUCAUCGACCAUCAGGAUGAGUCAACCUACGUGCUGCGGGACAGGAUCAAUUUGAAUACACUCGCAAAGUUCGUACACGACUACCACAACCGCACGCUGGUGCGAUUCCAACGCUCCGGAAACAUCCACUACCAGCACACGCAUCCUUUCGAUGGCGCGAAUGCGAAGAAACAGUCCAAACAAAACCUCGAAAAACACUACGAACAGCUCGAACGGGUUGCCAAAAGUAAGGCGCGAUCGAAACCAUCCAAGAAAGCUGAACAACAAGCAAACAGUUCUCCUCUACCACCGUCAGAAACUAACGAGCAGCUGCAGGCCAACUUGGAUGCGAUGGGAAAAACAUCAUCGACAAUACCUACCCACAACAGAGAGCACCAUUCGGUGAGGGAGAUUUACUCGAGCAACUUCCGUCGCGUCGUGCUCGACUCGAACCGCACGGUAGUGGUUAGCUUCUACUCGACCCAGUGUGCCUUCUGUAACAUCCUGUCACACCACUUGCUCACCGUGUCGCGCCUGCUACGUCAGCAGCCGGCGCUAGAGUUCGUGCGCAUCGAUGGUGACCGGAACGAGCUCGGUUGGGAGUAUACGAUGGAUGUGUUUCCUUCGUUGAUCAUCUUUCCCAACGGGAGGAAAUCGGAGAGCCGUAUCUUCCCCCACACGCUGAAGGUCAAUGUUCCGAAUGUGGUUGGAUUUGUUCUAUCAAACUUAACACCCUCCGAACGAUUGCAUGCCAACUUUUUGCUCUGUGGCGCCGUGAAUAAAGCGUCCCGUACCGAUUGCCUACAGAUGCUGAAGCGUGAGCUCACCGAAAGCAUCCGGUUAAGCUUGCGCGAAUGGCGCCACCGAGCGUCGAGCGCGUGCGAGCGCGAUCGCAUCGUGCGCCGUUUGCAGCUCCUAAAGCAAUCCUAUCUGGGCACGUUGCGCUGCCUUAGUCAUUCCUGUGAUCUUUCUCAGCUAGUGGUGAACGAGCGGAAACUUAUCCAGCAACUGUGGACGGGAUCUUCGUCGUGUGUGGCCGCGUGAACAUCGUCGAUAUCGUCGAGGAAAUUGCUUGCUUGCUGGAGGAAAGUUAUAGAUAGCGAGACGUAAGUCUGAAAGUGAAAUUUCCUGUUCCGUUUUUAAAAUGGUUUUAUGGUCAAAACGUCAUCGAUACAGCGUUUCAAACAACUGAAUUCAAACAAUUCCACUCUCAAUACGAUUACUCAACAGUUCGACGGGAUAUAAUCGAUCGCAUUGCGCUCAGCUAUUUAUUAAAGAAAGAUCUUAUUUUUGUAUCAUAA